GAACGCCACGGGCAAACUCAACUAGCAUGCUGUAUGUCAACUAGCUGUACUACGGUGAGUUUACACAAAGUAAAACACAUCUACCUUCAUAUGAAGUUUUAGUUAACAAACCUUCCAUAAUGUUUUUCCUAGGACAUCGGUGACGAGAGAAGGAAGCGCCAAUACCUCUCUCGCUGCCUGCUCUUUCAGAGCGACGCGUGUAGGCAGAAAGCGUGUCUCGUUCUCCCUGACAAGGUUUUCGUCCGUAGUGCCGGUGUUUGCUCCGAAUAACAUCAUGUCUUGUGCGCCAAUUUUUACGCAGUAUGUCCAGGUAGACAUGUUCAUCUUAACAAAACCUUGCGAGGCAUCAAAAGUGGACGCCCUUAUCAAAUUUUUUGUUGUCGGCACGGUUGAGGGACAUUGAUCGUUGCCCGCGUUGUGAUCUCUCCUGGGAGCGUAGAGGCUUUCUUACGUAUGAAACCUACUAUAAUUUCCGCUCCGGCAGUGGAUAAUUGAACAUAUGUUUCACGUGUCACUCGAGCAAGCCGUUUCUCGUUGCUCAGAUAGCGUUUUUUCUUUACUGGCAGUGUCCCUUUCAUGCCAGGUUUCGCGCAGUCAGCGGGGCAAUGCAGUUUCUCUUCUUUUGAAGAAUCUCAUGCUUUAAGUGUGUAUAUGCGGUUUUGCGAACCCUGCCACUGAUUCACCUUCACCAGCAUACGUGGCGCAGUUUUGGGACUUUUCUUUGGCCCAGAGAGAGUGCCCUUUUGCAUCUCACAUGCUGGUGUACAUACGCACGAUGUUCUCGAUUGUUCGAACAUCUGCCUGACCCUGCUAGCGGGUUGACACGUGGACGCAAGGCUCAGCAAACAAAGGAUCGCAUCGACGACAGCAGCUAGACUGUCGUUCAAGUGGGUGGAGAAUCCAUUAGUCAAACUACCUCCCUCCUCUAGGACCAACGUUACGGACCACGCAUUUCCUUAUAUGCGCGACGCAUCCCUUUUCCGCUACUAUGACAUUGGACGGGGGUGGCUUGCAGGAAAUUUUGGAUAGCGCUACUGAUAAAAAAAAUCUCAAUCAACUCGAGGUUUCGUAGUUGGUGGCGUUACUGCCGCUCACACGACUAGUUAUGCUUGUCUCAUUGGUGAAGUUUCCUCUCGGGACGAGGCCCAGAGCAUCAUGGCAGGCCCGGACAGCAAACGGAUGUACUUGUCCAUCGUGGCACAGAAUAUAGACAAAAUUAAGUCUGAAAAACCGUACUGGAACAAAAAUUUUGUUCCUAUAACAGCAAGCGGAGCGGGGACAAAAUACACGAUGCUACAAGCGGCGAUGAUGCUGGACAAACCGAAAGUCGUUAAGUAUCUUGUUGGCCAUCCUGCAGUCGACGUUGCUGUGAAAACCAGCGACGGCAAAUCUACAUUAAUGGUAGCUGUUAUCUCCCGCAUGCCUUGUACAGUCCUGGAAAAACUUCUAGAGAGAUAUGAUUUGAGAACAAUAAACGAGCUCGAUCCGGGAGGUUGCACAGCAUUGGACUAUUGCGAGCCUGAUACUCCCCAAUAUAAUCUCUUGCAGUCGCUGGGCUGUCAGACUAAAAAAGAUCUGGAUGCGUCUUUACAAGGAUUCUUCGGUAACGCGGGCGCCAACGUUGUGCACCAGCGAGUCAGAAGGAAAGGGGAUUCGAAGCAACCGAAAGAAGAAAAACGAACUCAAGGGAGCGCGUUAGGCACCUCCUCUCAGAAGGACACUGAGAAGUCCGCCAGCGCUGGUGAGAAAUCUGUGGAUCAGCAGCACCAGAGUGGUGGGGGCGAUCCGCAUUCCGCUAGUGACCACUGUGUUUCCGACGAAGAUAGUGUAUCAAGCGACGAGGCGGAUGACCCGUGGAAACUGUUCGACACACCGGAAGAUCUCCUCAAAGUUCUGCAAGCUUACCUGGAUGUUUGGGGUGAUGAAGGAGAGGACGCCAAACUGUGUCAAGAGUGGGUCUGUUAUGUCACUAAGAAAAUAGGUAAAGGUAAAGGCAGCGCCGCUGUUGAGAAAUGGAAUGCUCUCAUGGUGUCGGUGUACGGAGAAGGAAAUGUUAUGCGGUAUGAGCCGAAAAAAUGUGCAAAACAGGGCACAAAUAGAGACCCACCUGUGCCUGCGUAUGGAGGUGCCACAUCAUUUGAACAGGGAGCCCGAUAUGAAGAACAGCAGGCAGACGGUAGCGAAAAAAGAACCGACGAUGACACAAGGGAUGGAAUAGAGAGGCCCGAUCCGGAGAUUCUCAAGAACUUCUUCGACCCAACAGCGCCACCUGUUGAGAUGAGAACCCCUCGCAAACCUCCGCCUGCCGAUGGCGGUCCACGUGUGGUGGGUCUUCGUGUUAACAAGGAAGAGGCAAGGAAGCAGUUUCCUUGUCUUCUAGGGCCCAAGUCUCGCUCAUCAAAGAAGCGGGGCUCGAAAAAGAACUGAGACCAGCGAGGCUACAGGCGAGCGAGCUACAUCGAUGUGCAUCGUACAUACCCGUCUUUUUUGAGGCGUCUCGUACGAUUCAUGUCGUAGACGAACCUCUUCGCAAAACGCCUGCAGAAAAGAUGCGGCUUUUUGUGGUACAAAUUGCCCAUGUUAGCAUAUCGGCAGCGUUACCUGCCCUGCUAGAGUACGUGUCUGCAGCCCGUAAACCCGUCGCAACCUGUUGAGGAAUUCUUUACGGUGUUUACUAUUUUUGACAGCGAAGCAAAGCUCUGCUCCUGCAGUUUCGUGUCUGCGUUUAUCUCACGGCAUACGGAAUCAGUUUACGGGCGAUACAAAG